AUGUUCGUCCUUAGAAACGUUGGCAAGCUGCUCUUCGGCUCAGCUACACAGGAAUCCCUUAUCGAGCUCCCUCAAGGCCAGCUCUACCUCGUCCGGCCCCUCUCGCCCAAGGGCUACUCAGAGCUCAUCUUCAAGGACUCUGCUAUUCGCAUCCGCCGAACCAAUCAAGACUUCCAAUACCAGCUCGUCGUGCAGCGCGUGUUUGAAGAAGGCGAGGCUGAACUUCUCGCCGACGAAGAGGGAGAAGACGCUGAAAUCGACGCUCUUGCGGGCGAACGCGACGAAAAGACUUUUCUACUCGACGAGUCUCUGCACUUCCGCAUUGAGAUCAGAGAGGACGGUGACGAGACUGUUCUCGCCUGGAAAGACUUGAGUGGCGACAACGGCGACCUCUACGAAUUUGUGUGCGACAACGUCACAUCUACAGAGGUGAAGCGUUUCCUCCGGACAGCGCAGGAGUGUCAGUACGAGCGAAAGUACCGCAAGCCGCACACGACAGCCUCAGACGAGGACCUUGAACAAUUUGAGUUCCCCGAGGAGCAACCCAUUCCACCCGCCAGCCCCAUUCAUAGCCCGACUCUCACUAGGUCCAUCGAUUCCAUCGACGACAUGUUCGCCAAGAGGACUGCCAAUAUUUCGGCCAAGCGCGGGCCCGCGGUAGAAGAAUCCUUGGAGGAACCCCUUGAGGGACAUCAAGAAGAUGAGGUCGAGGCUCCUCAGCGGGCGCGGGACCCAAAUGCCCCCCCUAAGCCUUUGGAGAUCUAUGCUGCCGUAUCUGGCGAAUUGCAUCUCUACGAUCCACAAGCAGGCCAUUUCUCCCAGGUCGAAGACUCCGUCAUUGCUACCGUUUCUGAAGUUGGAAAAUGGGAGUAUUGGCUGCAAAUUGAUGCUGCCGGGAAGUCUGUUCUAGGCACCCCUGUCACCGCCGAAUUCAACCCUGUAUUCGACUUUGAGCACCUGUCCUUCAUUUUCAACCACUGGUCUGAAGAUGGGACUGGAAGGUCUUGGCUAAUCCGAUUCAAGGAUCAGCCAACACUGGAGAAGUUCCAGGAGGCGGUGAUGCAGGCCAUUUGGGAGAAACUAAAUGAAACCAAGUGGAAGAAGAUCCAGGAGAAGGAGCGUGAGUAUGUCUUGGAUUCGUUCAAUGACCUCGCCAUGGAAGAUGCUCCAGAGGAGGAGGAGGAGGAAGAGGAAGAAAUCGAUGAAGAAGAAGACCUUGGACGAUAUGAAGAGGACGAGGAUGAAGAGCAACAAGAGAGAGGUGACGGAGACGUCAACUCCCAGCUUGCCGUGGGCUACAAACAUGACCGCUCCUUUGUUGUCCGCGGCUCCAAGAUUGGAGUUUUUACCCACACUCCGGAUAAUCACCUCAAGUUCUCCACCAACAUUUCCAAGGUGACCACCCCUGCGGGCAAACUGAUGAACCCCAAGAAGGUCAUGCUCCACAUGGAGGACAGAGAUCUCAUCAUGCAAAACGAGGUGGACCCGAACAAGCUCUACCGCAUGGACAUUGAGUACGGCAAGGUUGUCGAUGAGUGGAAUGUCCAUGAUGACAUACCUGUCACGACAUUUACCCCAGAGAACAAGUUUGCGCAGAUGACCGGAGAGCAGACGUUCCUUGGUAUCUCUCACAACGCCGUUUUCCGAAUCGACCCUCGUCAAGCGGGUAACAAGAUUGUCGAUUCAGAAUUGAAGCAGUACGUAUCAAAGAACGACUUCUCUUCCGUUGCUACCACUGAGAAGGGCUACAUCGCUGUGGCAAGCAACAAGGGUGAUAUUCGCCUCUUUGAUCGUCUUGGAAUCCGAGCCAAGACACAGCUCCCUGCCCUUGGUGAUCCAAUUACUGGCAUGGACGUUUCGGCUGAUGGCAGAUGGAUCUUGGGAACUACCAAGAACUACAUCCUCCUCGUCGACGCCCAGCAGCACGGCGGAAAGAAUGAGGGAAAGCUUGGUUUUGAAAAGCCAUUCGCCGCCGACUCGAAGCCUCGUCCUCGUCGUCUGGCUCUUUCCCCAGAGCACGUUGCUCAGUUUUACCAUGAGACUGGUCAACCUGUGUCUUUCACGCCUGCCAAAUUCAACACUGGUGAGGGUGCAGAGGAGACGAGUAUCAUUACUGCCUCCGGACCUUACAUCAUCGAGUGGAACCUCAAGCGGGUUAUUCGCGGCCAGAAGACACCAUACAAGAUUAAGCGAUACGAGGAAAAGGUUAUGGCAGAUGACUUCAAGUUCGGCUCGGACAAGAACGUCAUUGUUGCUCUGCCCAACGAAGUCAACAUGGUUGCCAAGCAAAGUCUCAAGAUGCCUACCCGAGAAAGCAUCAUCGGUGACGUCCGACUACUUGGUAGUGGGCGGAAGUCUUCGGGACGGAUUGGCAACGCCAGAAGCGGCCAGUACAAGCUCGGAAGAGAUGACAUUGUGGAGUCGCCUUAUUAGAGCGUUGGCACGUAUCGAAUCUUUGAACAUUUUCAAAGUAUAUGAGAUGGGAUAUUUGAAGGAACGGAAAGUAGAAAAGGGACUGCAGGAUGAGACGACGACGACGACGAUGAUGGGAUACCAUAGGUUGCUUUACAUAACGCGGACAGGGUGGGAGAUGGAGUUUGCUGGCUUCACGAUUCUUUUUUAAGUUUAUGAUUUUUUUCCCGCUUAGAUACCUUGUGUCUGCGUAGUACAUUUCGAACUGGUGAAUAAAGCCAAUGACGUUU